AAAAGUCCAUCGCCAACCACACGGCGGUCCUGAGCCUCAGCUACUCGGGUUUCCUCCUCAAAGUUCGCCGGCGUCCUUCGUUACCUCUCUCACGCUGUUGGCGAUUCUUCAACUACUGCCAGCGCGAACGGUUGACCUGUACAUUAUUAAAACAAAUGAAUCGAAUUCCUCCAGCACAACCAUUAACAAAGAGAUACAAACUGCGACUGUUCAUAUCACUCAAAUACGUGACGGCCAACAUCGUUGACAGACAAAGCGGUCGCAUAGUCGUGACGGCAUCCUCAGUAGAGAAACCACUAAAAGAAGGGCUCGAGUGCAGGCGAACGUGCAACGCUAAAGCUGCGGCAGCUGUAGGAGAGGUGCUCGCGAUGCGUCUCAAGGUUGAUGGUUUAGCGCAGGAGAGGAUCCAUGCUGAUGCAGCGAAGGAGGUUGAGAAGAAGGGAUUUAAGAAUAGUACGAAGGUUUGGGCUGUAUUCAAUGCUUUGAGAUCACAUGGGAUUAAUCUAAUUCUUGAUAAUGAUGGUAAGUAUCCUCCCUAUAUGUACUAAUGAGGAUGUUUAAGGAUAUAAUUGUGUCAUUAUCGAUAUGUAUCGGUUAAUCGAAGUUUUACUAUUAGAGCGCCCUGAGUCCAACAGGACCUGUUAUUUGUUGA